GUGAGCGAGCAGGAGCGCAACUCAAGGUUAAAAACCCGCACUGAUCUAAACCUAAUAACACCAGGAGGAAAACACACAGGACUUUUACUGCAGACCCCGGACACACCGCACACCCCGGACACACCGCAUGCCGUGGAUCUCCACAGAAGAGCUCGAGUGCUGAAACGUUCACAACAACAAGCAAGCGGAGAAGAAACGAAUCCACGCGGGUGGUGACCAGGAAUGGUGGACUGCUUGCUAUCAGAUGAAGAAACGUUCCCACCUCACAGCCUUUCCAUACUAGUCCAACACCGAUCGGACAUGGUGACCGACGAGAGGCUCUACCAAGCGCUGCCGUCUCCGUUCUCCGAGGACGAGCUGAGCGACUCGUCCAGCUCGCGGUCCUGCUCCAGCCCCGAGUCCCUGGUCCUGGGCUCCAGGUGCAGCAGCAGCUCGAGCAGCGAGAGCCAGGAUGGAUUCCUGGACUUCCUUCUUUCUCAGGCCACCCAGACCCCGGCGUCUUCCUCCACAGCGUUAACCCCCGCCAUCGUUCCUCCCGUCCUUCCGAUGGGUCUGGCCUGGGAGUCUCGAAGGGAUCGGGCCACCAAAGAGGAGUGCUUUGAUUUCCCCGUUUUUCCUGCAGAGCUGGAGGACCAGGCAGGGCUUUUGUUUCAGCCCACGUUGGAUGAGAUCGAGGAGUUUCUCGAGGAGAACAUGGAGGUCGUAGCCUUGAAGGAGAAAGCAGGAGAUGGUAUCGUGUCCAGCGCUCUGUCCGAGACGGAAACACAAAACUUUGACCAAACAGUGCCGGUAUUAAAUGAAAUGGAAAUUACCGACUCUGAGCCAAAAAGUGACCAGAAUUCGACCGGACCGUCCACAAACCUUCAUACCGGAGUGAAAAAGGAGUCCGGGAAGGCGGCGCUAACGGAUUCGGGGGUGCCGGUCAUCCUGCAGAUCCAGUCCAUUCCGGUCAAGCAGGAGCCGAAUCCCAGUUCCACGCCGGCGUCCCAGUCCCCCACGUCAGACAUCAAAAUCACUCAGCUGCUGGUCAACAUCCAGGGUCAGACUUUCGCCCUGGUUCCUCAGGUCAUGCCACCGGCCAGUCUCAGCAGCGCCUCGUCGAAGUUCGUCCGCAUAGCCCCGGUCCCCAUCGCCGCCAAACCCUUAGGACAGGGGGAGAACGGAGCCGGCGGGGCCCAGGGAGCAGGACUUCUUGUCGGGGGUCAGAAAUUCCAGAAGAGCUCGGUAGCCGACCUCAUUAAAAUGCACAAGUGCACUUUUCCAGGCUGCGCCAAGAUGUACACCAAGAGCAGCCAUUUAAAGGCCCAUCUGAGGAGGCACACGGGCGAGAAGCCUUUCGCGUGUACUUGGCCGGGCUGUGCAUGGAGAUUCUCCCGAUCGGACGAGCUGUCGCGCCACAGACGCUCUCACUCUGGAGUGAAGCCAUACCAGUGUCACAUCUGCGAGAAGAAAUUCGCCCGCAGCGAUCACCUGUCCAAACACAUCAAAGUCCAUCGCUUUCCACGAAGCAGCAGGACGGCACGCUCUUCACACUGACCUCAUGUGAUCCCGUCACACCGGGGGGGCACCGAGACGCCACAGAGAGAGAGAGAGGAAACAUGUGACCAAGUGAGAGUGAAAGAGUGAAAAUGAGACGGAGGUGUGACGGAGGUCAGAAUCGGUGAGAAGUUCGAGGUGCACGAGGAAAAAUUCUCAAUUGUGGUACUGUGAUAAUUUAUUGGGGAAAGCAAUGCCGGACUGAGGGAGCGACGACAGACUGUUACUUGACGCAUCUUUAAUGAUGUCCUGUUGUUCUUAUAGAUUGUAUUUUUGUAGCCGUUAGCGUUUUGAUAGUUUAAUAGUUUUCUAUUCGCGUUACGUUCUAUGCAAAGUAUUUUUCUACCUUUAGGAGAAACUUGUUGACGUCGUUAUCGACGUCUCGGUCUGUCUUGAAUGCAUCGGCAUUCCUUAUCAUUACGAUGCCUCUCUUGCCAAGUCUAAGUCUGUAGUUCUGGAAAACCGUAAACGUGGCUUCAUUCGAACUACUGAUCGUCGUCAGGACGCUACAAGCUAUCAGCCAACCCGGAUCUGCUUGUAAACUGUGAUAUGUUUAUGGAAUACUCCAGUGUUUUUAUAGUCAGGUCAUAUUUAUUUAUACAGCGCUUUCGAAGACAUCGAGUGUCAUGUGUCAGGUGCUGGACAAUAAAUCAUCAUGAUAUAAUAAUCAUAACAAACAUAUUAAAUAGUUGAUAUAAAUAAAUAAACAACAAGAAUAACAUGAACACAAUCGCUACAGAAAACCAACGUAAGACCAAAACCUUGAGAAAAUAAAUAGAUCUUCAGUUUGGAUACAUAAAAUAGAUAUAGAUACAUCGUUCUAUAACUUGGGAAGCAGCUACAGAAAAGCCCUGAUCACCUUUAGACCACAUCAUGAAUCAAAAUGUUCAAAUUGUUACCCAAAUUUAGUGCUUUAUUAAUAAAUGCCACUAUAAAUAAACAGUUUGUAAUAACAGAAAAAUCAUUCACAUUAAAUUGAAGUGAUUACUGAUUUUUAGAUUUUAAUAGCCUGUAUUAUAUAACACAAUGCUGUAGUUAUUCAGUUAAAAAUUCAGAGACAGACUGGACACAGUGGACACAGAGUGGACACAGAGUGGUACAGGGACUUCAUGUACUCAUUAACACGUUUGACAAAAGGCUGCAUCAGUACAUAGUAAGAGAAAUGCAUCUAAGUUUCUACAUUACAACACGUAUCUGAUGGAACGUCAGUCUUGACGUUGAGCUACAAGGGUUCUCAACCUGCGAGCUGGGCUUAUCUAAAUUUGUUUGCAGCCAGCAAAUAUAGUUUCUCUCUAAUCUUGUGGGUCAUUGAGGGUCGAGCUGUUCUAAAUAAUUAACUAUCAAAAAGAAAAGAGAGAGGAGAGAAUUUUCCUCUUACUGUAGUAAUAUUUACAGUAGUGUUCAAAAAAAUAGCAGUGAUUUUAAAAAAGUGAA